UUGAUUUCAUUAAGAAUGUGAUGUGGGUAAAAUUUGAAAAAGUAUGAAAACAAUAAAAAAUAUUUGAUAACUCCAUCAGCUUUCAAACUACAUCUGUCUUCUGAUCAGUCUACUAAAAUUUCUGAGCAAAGUCUACGCUAGCUUUCAAGGAGCAAUUGAUAUGGUGGGAAAGACGGUCUUUAGGGGAAGCUUAUCCAUCACCAUUGCUGAUCCUCUUGCCAAGGAACCCUUGAUAGUCAUAUAAAAAAUCUUAGAGCAAAGGUCAAAUUACAUUACAACAUUGGCAGGCAAAGUGUGGCCCUGGGAACUCCACACUCCCCCUAUUUCCCUUUUUCUAGUAAAAAAAGAAAAGAAAAUGGAUGAAUUGCCUCUCCUGGAAGUCCCCAGGCCUAGCAUCUUCUAAAUAGAGCUCAGGGACACCCCCCUCCAUUUAAUAUUAAAAGGUACCAGCAUUUCAAAAAGAGAAAUAUACUUCUAUCUAUUUUUCAUUUUGCUUUUCUUUUGGGGCAAUCUGUUGUGGCCCUACUGGAGAUGGAUAUCUCACCCCUGGAUCUGCCUCAGUUGGCCACCCUUGCUCUAUUAUUUGGCAUGCAAGCAUGAGUAAUUUCUUUCUGCAUUUUCUCCUUCCCUCUCUCUCCCUCUCCUUUUAAUUCCACUGUUACGUGAAGAUGAGAGGUAAACCAAGAUUAGGCCUUACACUAAGGACACAGAGCUGGAGGCAGCAGACUCCAGUCAGCCACCUGUGAUCUCCCAUCUAACUCUUACCAUAGACCGUGAUCCAAAGGACCUUUCCAUUUUUAUGUACAUCAUUUGUUUUUUGCAGUAGAAUUUCCCCAUGCCCGAUGCAGUUCAGGUGCACAUUAUACAGGGUGUGUGUGAAAUCCCUUGUCUGUGGUUUGGUCCUUUUAUUAAGAAGACAUUGUUACAGACAUUGUUGGUUAGUCGUUGGAAAGGAGGGAAUUGGAAGAGCUUCUUGCUUUAUGUCUCUGCUGAUACAGAUUGGAGUUCACCUUGCCAACCUGUCAGUUGUGAAUAUGGCUUCUGUGCAUGCUUGAAACAUUUUCUUCCCCUUUAUAAUUGUUCAACUAACUCAUAAUUAUUUAGCAGUUAAGGGUUAACCCAAGGUGACUUCCAAUUCCAAGUGGCAUAAUCUUUUAAGUGGAGAGAGGAAAGCCAAUACAUGCAUAUUAGAUCCUUGUCUUCAUGGGUCGUAAAAGUGGCUAAGUGAAGUGAAGAGUGAGCAAGUGGCUAAGGGGAAUAGCAAAUGUCUCUUUACAGCAAGGCAGGAUGCAGGCCUGGAUAAACAGGUGGUAGUAAAACCUCUGCUGAAAAGGCCCUUCCUGAAUUCCACUGUUCAAGAAAAUUACCAAUCAAUCUCCAGUUUUCCAUUUAUAGACGAAGUACUAGAGUGUGUGAUGACCUCUCAGGUAUAGGGCCUUCUGGAAUGUGAUGGAUUAUCUAAUUCAAUUGCAAUUUGGUGUCAGUCCUAGCAAUGGAACAGGGAAACCUUUGGUCAGCCUGGUAGAUGACCUAUGCAAGGAGCUGGAUAAAGGGAGUGCAUCUUUCUUGGUCCACUUCUCUUAGUAGCUUUCAGUGCCAUCAGCCUUUGCAUACAUCUGAGCUCCCUCUUUGACAUGAAACUUGGAGGCACUGUUUUAUAGUGACCCUAGUCCUUUAUGGAGGGGCAAACUCAGAAAGUAGAGCUGGUGAAUUCCUGUUCAGUGCCACUGGCCGGUAAACAAGGCAAUAAAGUGGGUUUUUGUGGGUUUUUCGGGCUAUGUGGCCAUGUUCUAGAAAAUUUUCUUUCUGACGUUUCGCCAGCAUCUGUGGCUGGCAUCUUCACAAGGCAAUAAAGCUUAAGCUGGGAAAGAAUGGGAUUCUGUUCUAGCCAAUUCUACUGUAAGUGCUUGCCUAGAACAGGCAAGUUAAACAGGAGCUGCCUACAGAAUCUGUUACUUAGCAUGCAUAAAGAACAAAAUAGAGAGAAAAGAGUCGUGAAGAUUAGCCUGCUUUGCCAGCUACUCCAGGAUGUUAAUAAAAUAUAGAUCUAUAAGUUUGACCACCAAAAUGCAAAUCAAAAACAAAGUACAGGCUGGUGCAGAGGAAAAAUUACCCUGAAUGUACUUUGAAAUAAGCUAUCAAAUAAUUUCUAGAAAGUUAAAAAUGUUCUUCUUUACUUGCGUAAGCCUUACCUGAUCAGCUUGUUUCAUUUCACCAUUGCUUAUUGUCAGUUUUUUUAACAAAAGGUUUGCUGAAAAAUAUUGACCUGCUUUUCUUUUUUAUGGUGCCUUUUCUGUCUUCAUCCACUUCUGGACGUCUCCCUGGGAGAAGGCUGAGUGAUGGAGGAGUCUUGAGGGCAUGUCGGGCCCUGGUGGAUGAGCUGGAGUGGGAAAUUUCUCAGGUAGAUCCCAAGAAAACCAUCCAGAUUGGUUCCUUUCGCAUCAACCCAGAUGGAAGUCAGUCCAUUGUAGAGGUGCCCUAUGCUAGGUCUGAAGCUCACUUGACAGAACUGUUGGAGCGCAUCUGUGAGAGGAUGAAUGACUAUGGAGAGAAAGUGGACCCCUCCACCCACCGGAAAAACUAUGUGAGGGUCAUCUCUCACGAUGGAACCAAGAUGGACCUUUCCGAAACCAAAAUUGAUGGUGAUGUGACAUCAAGCCUGAAGUUUGCAUGCGAGAGCAUAGCUGAAGAGUAUGAAGAUGAGCUCAUAGAAUUCUUCUCUCAUGAGGCAGAAAAUGUCAAGGACCGAUUAUGCAGCAAACGAACAGAUCUCUGUGACCACGCCUUGCAUCUCCGACAUGAUGAACUAUGAAAUGCAAAGUUUUGACUGACCUGGUAGAUGAGUUUAUUAGUCCUUUGUAGACCACCUUCCUUUAUUCAGCUCUUCUAAUUCUGGUUCCAGCAACCUUCUUUCAGGUUUGGGAUGAACCCUCUACAUACAGUCUGGAAGCCAAAGACUGGACCUCUAGAAGAAAACAUGAGAAAAGCUUCUUUGUAGACUUUCUUUAAGAAAACAAAAGAUGCUAUGUCCCUCACAUGACUUUUUUAAAAAGUCUGCAAUUAUAAAACCUCUCCUUAUUUUUAAAUGGAACAGAAGAAACUUCAGUUUCAAGACUGAGGUUCAUUUUUUCUACUGCGUAGAUAACGAUUCUCGGUUGCUGUAAAUUUUUUAAAAUGGUUGUUGGCAUUUAGCAGAUGAAUUAAUCUGUAGGUUGAGCCAGGGACUAGCCACACAAUUCCUAGUUUCCUUCCAAAGUUCACCAGAACUUGAAUCAAAGAACCUUAUGAGUUCUAUUGUUCUGCUACUAUUUUAUCAUGACACUAGGCAGGCAAUUUCAUUUCUCUGUGUAACCUUUUAUGUGGGAAGAGCAGAAUAAUUGAUGGAGACACCCAUGUAGUAAUUCCAAACGGAGCUGCUGUAAGGAGGAUCAGUCAAAAGCACAAGAAUGAGUUACGGCUGACCAGCCAUUUGUAGGCCACAAUAAAUUAUUGUCCAAUAACUAUUUCAUGUUAUAGAUGUAUCAUGUCAUGUUGUAUGAAAAGUCUUAAUACCAUCACAGUGGCCUUCAGGAAUUGUUUACAGUGUUGUGGAAAUGUCAUAUGAACCAGCUGGGCUAGGUAGUAAGCCAAUCUAUAUGUAAUGCCUACCUGUGAAGGAGUUACCCCAUAGAAGCUGUUUUACCAGACUCCUGUUGGAUCUAUGGGCUGACCCUUGAUGAAGGCUGGUGUCUGUCUUGUAGAAUCUAUGAGGGUGCUGGUUUGAAGCAUCAACCAUUUGGAAAAUUAGGUAAUGUGUGGCAGGUGAUAUUUUUCAAAGGGCUUUUAAAAUGAUAACUUUUUCUUUUAUUACCACCUGUUUUCAAGAUUUUGGAUUAAAGAUCUGCAAGUGAUGGCAAGAAAAUAAAUCAUGCUGUGACUGAGCUGAUUCUA